AUGUGGAAACCAAAGCUGAACUUCAUAACCCUCCACUACAUAUGGAUUCUCUUUUGCAGCCUGCUCGCUUUUGUCGUUCUGUAUCCUUACGGUAACCUGUCCGCAAUUGAUACCUUGUUCUUUGGCUGUAGCGGCUCAACUGAGUCUGGACUCAAUACCGUGGACGUCAAGAACAUGAAAACCUACCAGCAGGUUUACAUUUACGUGAUCCCGAUGAUCACCAAUCUCAUGUUUGUGAACAUGAUGGUUGUCGUCGUCCGCCUCUACUGGUUUCAACAGCGCUUGAAGGAUAUUGCCACCGCUGAGCCAAGAAACCCCGACGACUUGGAGGCCAGCAGCCCACCCGAAGACGACGAUGGUGCUGCUCCACGACGCAGUGAUGCUCCCGGGGACGAGCAAACUGGCAUCACCGAGUCAGAAGCCAAGCACGAGGCGUCCGAGCCAGCAACCAACCAUCUUCCAGCUAGAUCGACCACGAUCACUUUUCACGAUAAUCUACCUCAACCUCGACACAGCCAAUCUGAUGGGACAGUUCUGCACGUUCCUGGUCCCCGAGACCGUGAUGAUGGCCAGUCUAUGAUUGAAAUCGGCAACAAUACGGACAACGAUGAUGACAUCAUUCGCCCCGUUAUGUCGUCAGCCACAGGCUUAUCUCGACGCAGGCCGCACAACACUCACCUCGAAGGCCCGGCAAUGCGUGCUGCACGUUCAAUGGAGAAAGUUGCCUCAUCCGUCCUCGUCCUCGGACGUACCAAAUCUUCCGAACGCGAGUCGCGUCGUUCUGACCUAUCAACUCGGCCGCGAACCUCAGAUCUCCCUCAAUUAUCGCGCCAGGUCACCAUUGGACGCAACUCCCAGUUCUUUCAUCUAACUGAGCGUGAUCGGGAGAUCCUCGGUGGUAUAGAGUACAGAAGUUUGAAACUUCUUCUCAAGAUUGUUUCUAUUUACUUUUUUGGGCUUCAUCUUUUCGGGGUCGUAUGCCUGUUGCCCUGGAUCUUACACGCCCCAUCCAAGUAUACUACAUGGCUAGCGGAGAAUGGCCAAGGCCGGACUUGGUGGGCUUUCUACUCUGCCCAGACCAUGGUCGACAACCUUGGCUUCACUCUCACCCCGGACUCGAUGGCGACCUUUAAGGAUGCUACUUGGCCCAUGCUAGUCAUGACGUUUCUUGCUUUUGCCGGCAACACAUGUUAUCCCGUGCUCCUCCGCUUCAUCAUUUGGACCAUCUCGAAGUUUCUUCUUGACCACCCUAGAAGAUGCUACACUCUUCUUUUCCCCAGCCGGCCAACAUGGAUCUUGUUUGGCAUCGUCUUCGUGCUAAACUUUAUUGACGUUCUACUGAUUAUUGUUCUGGAUCUUGACAAUCCAGCAGUCAAUGAUCUCGCGAUGGGUCCUCGGAUCCUCUCAGCUCUCUUCCAAGCUGCGUCUGCGAGGCACACCGGCACCUCGACUUUGAACCUGUCUCUGGUCAACCCUGCCGUGCAGUUCAGCUUGCUCUGCAUGAUGUACAUCGCCAUCUUCCCGAUAGCCAUCAGCAUUCGCGCCUCCAACACUUAUGAAGAGAGAACUCUUGGCGUCUACGGUUCCGAAAGCCACCUCGAUGAGACUGAUGGCGCGUCAUAUGUCAUGACCCACGUACGAAACCAGCUCAGCUUUGAUCUAUGGUACAUUUUUCUCGGAACCUUCUGUAUCUGUAUAGCUGAAUCCCAGAGAAUCAUGGAUCUGAAUGAACCCGCAUUCUCCGUGUUUCCCGUCUUUUUCGAGGUCGUCAGCGCAUAG